AUGAUAGUAUUCUACAAAUGUGGAAUAACUGUUCCUUUAAAACACAGAAUCAUUCCUCCUAGACGCUGUCCCCUCUGUGACUCUAAUCGUGUCCCUCGUCCUGAAGAAAAUGGUGAGGAAGAUCUGCCACCCCCACCUCCACCGCCACCAUUCAAUGAUGGAACGGAAGGGCCGAAUGUUGCAGAAGCUUGGCUCACAGAUAUAGAUGUACUGUACACUACCCUCGGUUGUAGAGAUGAGCAGAAGGUUCAGUACAUUGUACUGCAGCUGACGGGUGAAGCUAAGAGAUGGUGGACUACAAGGAAGGUGCUGCUUGGAGGAGGAACAGUAAUUACUUGGGAGAUGUUUAAGGAAGAGUACAAUCGACGUUUUUUCCCUCGAUCUCAGAGGCAACUACGAGCGAUAGAAUUCCAAAAUCUAGUCCAAGGUGACAUGACUGUAGAGCAAUAUUCCACCAAAUUCAUGGAGCUAGCUCGGUUCGCAGCCAAUCUUAUCCCUGACAAAGAAACGAAAGUGGAACGAUUUGAGAAUGGCCUCAACCCUCAUGUCAGGGAGAGAGUGAUUUGUCUGGAAAUAAUGGAAUACGCCAGAUUGGUAGAAGUUGCGUCUCUAGCUGAAAGAGGAAUACGAGAAUCAGCCGCGGCUUACGAAUUGAAGAAACGUUCGAAGCAGUAG